AUGAUUCCGAAUCCGCAAUGCCGCGGUGUCGGUGGCCUGGGUGGCCCAGGCUUUGGCAUCCACAGCACCAUCCGUGGAAAUGCAGAGGCGAACCCUGAGUAUGUCCCAUCUUCUGCACAGACGGAUGAACAAGGGAAUGUGACUUUGAGUGCCUGGGCCAGCUUUCUGCCAGCAGAAAUGUCCGGCAAAUUUGGCCAAGCCUCAGUCUGGCCGACGGAGGUUUUACUACCAAGAAAUGGUCAGAUUCAGAUCUUGGAGGCUUGGUAUGGCCAUCCGUCCGACCCCAGUCGGCGCAUCGACGUCUCCGCACGCGUGUCUGAGUUUCUGCGUGGUCCUGGGCAAAUCGGUGCCGGGUUGGCGAACUUGGUGCGCGAAGGCUGCUACAGGGGCGACCAAGUCAGGCUGGAAGCCACCUCCAGCUUUUGGGGCCAGGACCCAGCACCCUUUGUCUGGAAGAAGCUGAUGGUUCGGUACCGGCCAUCUUCACAUUGA